UUAUUUUACAAUAGAUAAAGCGGCCACUUUGUAUAUAAAUCUGCACUCGUACCGAGCUAACGUAUCAUUUCAGAUUUUGCGCUUAGCCGAAACUUUUUUCGCGUCUAGUUCGAGCAUCAUUUCCGGUGUAAUGAAAAACUGUUUUAUUCGUUUUACUCAAUUUUUCGAUCAUAAUAAAAUACUCGAUCCUAUAAUAUUUUUACCUAUAAUAAUAUUUUCUCGUAUAAUAUUUUCGUGAAUUUUUUCGACGUUCCUGAAUUUUUUUCCAAAAUGCCCGAAUAUACCAUAAUAGAUAGCAGUUUUCAAUUCGCGCAAGUUUGCCAAUUUUCGAAGGGAAAUGCUUUCUCGACAAUUGGCAUUACUCCUCCAACUCCGUCCAAAGAAAUCCGUAACUCAUCGAUUAAAUUCGCCAGUGGAAACCUGAACGCUUUUCCCCGAACGGUAAGGGAAUACAUCGAAGAAAAAAUUAAACUCUGUCAACCUGAUUUUGUCCACGUGUGUAAUGGAACGGAUCAGGAAGCACGUUAUUUGACCAAUUUAAUGGUAGACCAGAAAGUCCUGAUUCCUUUACCGAAAUACCACAAUUGUUAUUUAGCCCGAACUAAUCCAGCAGAUGUGGCUCGUGUGGAAUCUAAAACGUUUUUGAUUAGUAAAACUAAACAAGAAUCCGUACCUACUCCUAAAGAUGGUAUUGUACCUCAGCUGGGUAACUGGAUGAGUCCUGAGGAUAUGGAAAAGGCUGUACAGGAGCGUUUUCCUGGUUGCAUGAAAGGUCGUACGAUGUAUGUGAUUCCGUUCAGUAUGGGUCCAAUUAAUUCGCCUAUUGCUAAAUUCGGCGUCGAAAUGACCGAUUCGCCUUACGUUGUGUUAUCAAUGAGAACGAUGACUAGAAUGGGUGAUUCUGUAGUACAAAAGAUGAAAGGACAAGAUGAUAAAAUCGUUAGAGCUUUACACUCUGCUGGUACUCCUGCUAACGGCGUUCAGCAAGUCCAACAUUGGCCCUGUGAUCCAGAACGUGUAGUUGUAUUUAAUAAAGCCGAUACUCUAGAAAUCAUCAGCUACGGAAGUAACUACGGUGGUAAUUCUUUACUCGGAAAGAAAUGUAUGGCUCUCAGGAUAGGUUCUCAUAUCGCAUGGAAAGAAGGAUGGUUAGCUGAGCACAUGCUUAUUCUUGGUAUUACGAAUCCGGAAGGAAAGAAAAGAUACAUCGCCGCUGCAUUCCCCAGCGCUUGUGGUAAAACCAAUUUAGCUAUGAUGAACCCAACGUUACCCGGUUAUGAAAUUACCUGUGUUGGCGAUGAUAUCGCUUGGAUGAAAUUCAACGAUAAAGGCGAACUUAGAGCUAUCAACCCGGAAAAUGGAUUCUUUGGCGUAGCUCCAGGCACCAGCAAUAAGACCAAUCCUAAUGCAAUGAAAACAAUAGUGAGUGACACGAUAUUUACCAAUGUUGCCAUGACCAGCGAUGGUGGUAUAUAUUGGGAAGGUUUAGAAAAAGAAACUUCGGAUGAUUUAAAAAUCACAGAUUGGCACGGAAACGAAUGGACCAAAGGAUCCAAAACUCCUUCAUCUCACCCUAAUUCUAGAUUUUGUGCUCCUUGUAAAAAUUGUCCUAUUAUGGAUCCGGCCUGGGAAGAUCCCGAAGGUGUACCCAUCGACGCGAUACUUUUCGGUGGAAGACGUCCGGAAGGUAUACCUUUGGUUUAUGAAUCCUUAAGUUGGAAUCACGGAGUUUAUAUGGGUGCUUCGAUGAGAUCCGAAGCUACUGCAGCUGCUGAACACACGGGUAAAAUUAUUAUGCAUGAUCCAUUUGCGAUGAGACCAUUUUUCGGUUAUAACUUCGGUCAUUACUUACGUCACUGGCUCAAUAUUGGAAAGAAGCCGAAUGCAAAGCUUCCUAAAAUUUAUCACGUUAACUGGUUUAAAAAAGAUAAAGAGGGUAACUUCUUAUGGCCAGGAUACGGAGAAAACUCCAGAGUCCUAGAUUGGAUCUUCCGUCGUCUCGAUGGUGAGAAAUCCAUCGAAGAAACCACUCCCUUCGGUAUCGUGCCUGCGAAAGAUGCUCUAAACUUGACUGAACUCUCGCAAAAUAUCGAUUAUAAUCAAUUAUUCGAUAUCGAUUAUGAUUUCUGGAAAAAAGAAUGUGACGAUGUACUGAAGUAUCUGGAGGAUCAUACUCAAAGCGAUCUUCCUGCUGAAAUUAAGCAAGAAAUCGAAGGAAUCAGAGCUAGGCUCGAACAACGUAAGGACCAGAAUUAGGGUAGUUCGGAUUGCUAUCUGAAGUGAAUAGUGUGCACUCAUUAUAAAAUUCAUCUGCUCUGUACAGUAUAUAUUUUCCUCGUUUAAUUUUUAAAAACCAUUUUGUGUUAUUAUUCGUUUUUUUAUGAUUUCUGUUUUAUUUAUUUCUGUCAUUGACUCAUUUUAUGGAUGUUCAUUUUUUUUGUACGAAAAAAUAAAAAUUUUAAUUAACGUCGAA